UUACAGCGGGAAGCGGGGAUAGGUGACGCCUAUGGAACAGGCGCUUAUGCCAUCUUCCUGACGCCUACCACAGGAGUAGAAAAGGACCGAGGCAGAAAGGGAGCAGAAAAGGAGCAAGAUAGAAAGACAGUAAAAAAGGAACAAGGCAGAAAGGCAGCAGAAGAGGAACAAGGCAGAAAGGCAGGAGAAAGGGAGAAAGGGAGAAAGACAGUAAAAAAGGAACAAGGCAGAAAGGCAGCAGAAAAGGAACAAGGCAGAAAGGCAGUAGAAAAGGAACAAGGCAGAGUAGCAAAAGCAUCAAUUACAUUAUGUACUGGGCUUCAUCAAUUACUGCCCCAUGCUUCUGCUCUCCCACAGGCUACCUGCUGUUUGUGAGCUUGGUGACCUUCCACAUGGGCUACAUGUACGGCCCACUGGAAAUGAGCGCAGCAUCCAUCUCAUCUGGGGCCUGCAGCUCCUGGGGCUGCCGCUGCUAUAUGCAGCCAACCAGAUCCAUCCUCUUGCCUUGGCUGUGAUGCUGAUUCCAAUCUGCAUCAAGAUCAUCAAUUACAUCAUGUACUGGGCUUCUGCUGCCCAAAGGAGAGGGAGGAGCAUUUGGGCUCAGCCGAGCCCCUGUCACCUGCUGACCCAAGAGGAAUAUCAAAUGCAGGGCGAGGUGGAGACACGCAGGGCAGUCAAAGAGCUUCGAAAGUACUGCCAAAGCCCAGAGAUCAAUGUCCAGGCUAUAAGGAGACGCCUCCGCUCUCCAGAGAGCUUUGCUGCCUUUCUGCGUGGUGCCUCUCACCUCACUCGCUACGAGGUCAUUCGCCACGAGCAGGAGUACGGCCGUGGCAGCAGCUGCCCUGAGGAGCAGCACUUAGGAGGAGAAAUCCAAGCACAGCAAUCAGGUUUCACUCCCCUGUUGAUGCUUUUUCCUGACUGUUGAGGAGCCCCUGGUUCUCUGCUCUUUCAUCCCUGUAAUUUGUUACAGACUGUUUGUAGUUUUAAUAAAGAUUUGGUUUGGUAGCUCAUGAGACAA